AUGCACAGAGAACGAUCUCCUGACAUAUAUAGCCGUAAUUAUAGACAAUUAACUCCACCUCCAGCCUAUUCUUCGAGUCGAUCCAAACUUCAUGAGCCGAAAAAGAAAAUUGGGGCUGGUGGCUCUUAUGCUAAAAGCAUGAACCAGCAUAAAUAUGAGGAGCAGCGUUCCUCAGAUAUUGAUAGUCUAAGAGAGGUGGAGCAGCGCUUGCAAGAAAGUGAAGAAUAUUUAUUGAGCAGGCAACAGUACAACGCUUCCCGGCAAUACAACCCUCGAGGAUUUUCAUUUUCUGGCUUAUUGUCAGAAGAUACUUUUCCUAGACUCGCGAAGCUAGAAGAAGUUUUAAAAGAGUCAGCACAAGACUUAAAAGAUCAAGGAAUGGAUUUGCUGAGAGAGCAAAAGGAAAUUGAAUUAAAGGAACAGACUCUUAAUCUUAGGUCGGAAAAACUAAGGGAUAAAGAAAACAAGCUGCAAGAUAUAGAAUAUGAAGUUAACUGGAAGGAAAAAGAAAUUAUAAAACAACAGAAAGAGCUAGAAAAUAUGGAUUUUAGAAUAAAUGAGCAUUAUAGUUUUAUUGUUAUAUGAGUGUUGGCAUUCAAAUAGAAUAAUAUAAGGCCCAAAAAAUUGAUAAAGAGCAUGGGAAAAUAAUUUGUAAAACUAUUGCAAAUGAAAUUGUUUGGAAUGCCAUGUUUGAAAUUGUUAAUAGAAAAGAAUUAGCUAUAGCAAGUAGAGACAAAGCUUGUAUUUUAGCUUUUGAUAAAAUGAAAAAAACAACUGAAAAGGUAGAGCACUUAAAGCGGCAACUUGAACAAGAAGCAUUAAAAGUGAUUGACACAAAAUAUAAGCUAGAGCAACAAGAAAAAGAAAUUUUAGCAGCCCAAGAAGCAGCAUUAAAAGAAUCAAAAAUUUUUGGAGAUGGAAAUAUUGAUAAAGCUCUUCGGAAAAGAGAAGAAUUAAUAAAGCAAAAAGAAACAGCCUAUAAUGAAAAAAUUAGAAAACUAGCUCAAAAGCAAACUGAACUUGAGACAAAGGAAAGACAACUCCAGCUCAAAGAAAAAGUUAUAUUUGAUGGCACACCACAAAAGCGAACUCCAUCCAAGUCUCCAGUAAGAGAUGACACUUUUAAAAAGGAAAAACUCCUUCAAGACCGUGAAUUAGCUAUUAAAAAGAGAGAAGAUGAGCUUUUGCAAGAAGAUGCUGCCCUUGAAGAAAGAAGGAAAAAACUCACACAAAAUUGGGAAAAAAUGAUCGGAAGAAUUGACAACCUCCAUAAGCUUGAAAGCAAAAUGACUGUAGAUAAUUUGCUUUAAAUUUUUUGAUAUUCAGACAUUUGCCCAGAAAAAUUUUUCAUGACUCCCCCCACGAGGGGCUAAUUUUUUUUUACAAAAUUUAUCAAAUAGUUUAGGGCGAAAAUCCUACACCUAACUUCUUCCCCUGUAAAAGCAUAUAACCAUAUUGCCCUCUCUGAGGAGGAAUAAUAAUUUGUUUUUAAAAAAUAUUGUUUUUUGGAUAUUAAAAAAUUAAUUUGAAAUAUUUGGAAAGAAAGCUAUCGUUUAAUUUAUGGAAUCUAUAUUUGAGAAUGAAAGCUGCCUAAAUUUUAAUAGAAACCUUAUUCUAAAAGAUUUUUCGAAUAUUUUACCCUGUUCUUUAAUGAAGGGUAAGCAAAACUGGGGCUUCAAAAGAUGAAAUUGAACAAAAAAAACAAGAGUUUUUAAAUUUCAAAAAAGAAGAAGAAAAUAAGCUGAAAAAUUGGGAAACUUCACUGCAAAAUCAAGAAUCAGCUUUGCUGAUUAAACAGAAAAGAGCAGAAGAAAGGAUUAAAAAGAUAAAAGAUAAAGAAAAAACACUAGAAGCAAGAGAAGAGGAGAUAAAACAUAAAGAGGUAGAAUUUGAAGUUAAACUUAAGGAAAUCAUGGGGAAAGUGGAAGCAAGUAAAAUGGCGUCCGUUGGAUCAGUAGGGGAAGAAGAUGAAGCAUCAAGAUAUCAAACUUUAGCUGAAGAUCUCAGCGAUUUUGCAGAGCAAUUUUUAAGAAGACAAAACCAGAGAAGGCAAGAAAUUGAUGAAAUCAGUAAAGAAAAGCAGCAGUUGUCGCAGAAAUUGACUGAUAUUUUAUCGGAACUUGAAUAA